CAUUUUGGACGAACUUGUUAAACUUUCCCAAAAAAGAAACAGAACUAGACGGACAGAUCUGGCUUAACCAUUUUCCCUUACAUUCAUCUGAACUCUCUGGGCGCACUUUGGAAGUAAAAUCGUCAGGACGAACACCCCAGGCCCAUCAUGGGCGAGCUCCUCAAACGUUUUCGAGCAGAAGGCGGUGGAAGCUCCUCAAUUCGUGAGCUUGUCGAACGCCGUAGACUGGGAUUUGGCUUUCUCCAGAGCUUCUUCUCAAAAUGGCUGAAAGUCGACCUCACCACCUUGGCCGUCAUCCUAACCCUCUUCGGCGCCAUUUCCUCGGGCACGCAGCAAGUCCGUGCCAUAGCGCUGAGUGUCUACCGAUGGAUCACGAGAUUCUUCACGGCCUCCGUCUCUAUUCAAGGUAGUGAUCGCCUAAACCGCGAGGUUCUAAACUGGAUCGGCGCCCACGUGCUUCUCCAGCAAGAAACGCGCAUCCUCACGGCCCGGUCGGAACCCAUUCAGAAUGACGCAAUGCAUUUUGGAAGAGGCCUUGUCAAGAGAAUCGACUAUUUUCACGAGAAGCGCCUCCCUAUCCAGUAUCUACCCACUUUCGGCAUCACCUGGUUCUUCCACAACCGCAAUGUAUUCCUCGUUCGAAGGAUUCCCGACGGCAGAUCCUCUCGAGAAGGAGCGCUGGCCACCGAGAUGCCGGAUCAAUACGUCGUGCCCCCGGCGGGAAACGAACCCCUUGUCGUCAUGUGUCUGGGAAGAUCCGUGGCGCCAAUCAAGAAGUUCCUCGACGUCUGCCGUGAUUUUGCCGACAAGCAGAGAGAAUCCUUCACCACCGUUCGCGCGGCUCGUAAUCAAUAUCACCGAGAGUCCUGGGAUACAACCAUCCUUCGGCCUAUCAGACCGCUGGAGACGGUUCACAUGGACAUGAAGGUCAAGGAUGAACUGGUCUCUGAUAUCGAAAAUUACCUCAAACACUCGACAAGACGUUUCUACACCUCCCGUGGCAUCCCCUAUCGGAGGGGAUAUCUCCUGCAUGGUCCCCCUGGCACGGGAAAGACAAGCUUGAGUCUGGCCCUUGCUGGUCGUUUCGGCCUCGAGCUGUACAUCCUCCAUCUACCCAGCCUUAAUGCGGAUGGGGAGCUGGAGCGUUUGUUCACCGUACUCCCUCCUCAGUGCAUUGUCCUGCUGGAAGACAUUGAUGCAGUAGGAGUCAAGCGCCGUGUGGUUGAAGCAGAUAAGGAUGAGGACGGUACCAAGAUGUUCUCCAACGUUCGCAGUGGAGGGGUUGGUAGAGUCAGUCUCUCAGGUCUCUUGAACGUGCUGGAUGGGGUGACAUCACAGGAGGGACGCAUCGUUCUCAUGACAUCGAACAUGGCCGACAAGCUCGACGAGGCGCUCGUGAGACCCGGCAGAAUCGACAAGAUGAUUUUCCUCGGUCACAUCUACCAGCAGGCAGCGGAAGAGAUGUUCUUGCGCAUGUACGCCCCAGACGCAAACGAGGAGCCCAACUUGGCCGAGACCUGUACAGUGGAGGUGGGAGAGGAAGAGCUGAAGAAGCUCGCGUCCGAGUUUAGCACUAAGGUACCCGACGAUACGUUCACGCCCGCACAACUACAAGGAUACCUUCUCAACCACCGCAACCGACCCGCUCGGGCCGUCGAGGACAUCAUCGCCUGGGUCCAGGAGGAACAGGUACGUAUGGAACAGUCUAAGAAGCAUGAGGCGGAAAUGGCAGCGCUCGAAGCGAAACGCAACAAAGGAAGACUAGCACAGCAAAAUCAUAAGUUGGCUGCGAUAGUCGCCGUUGAGCGUGGUGGCUCGUCGGAGUUGGGCUUUAUUUCACAGCCUGGAGCGGGACCGGGGGACUUCCCUCCUCUGCAUGAAAGUGCUUCUAUGCCCGCUAGCUCCGGUGUUGGAACUGCGGUUACCCAGGGUGGUGAUGAGACAGAAGAAGCGCAGGAUGGAGGCAACCACAGAAGGACUGAAAACAGUCCGGGACUGGAAAAAGUCGGUACGGACGUCGAAACGGACCAGGCCGCCUCCCAAGACAGCGCGGUGGAUGGCGAGGCGAGGCCGUAGAUUGGUAUGGCCGCUCCCGCUGCGUAAGAUGGGCUCGGAAAGCAGUGGGGGCGAUGAGAAUUCAGUGCUUGGGAGUAUGGAACAAAAUAGGGGAUUGUUUUACGAGGUAUUCACUGUUAUCAGCAGUCUGGUGUAUCAAUAGGUCGCUGCAUGAUAAGGUGCUUGGAUUUGGUCUAGGGAGGUUACGGCGUCGUGGAAAAUAGCAUCCAUGGCAUAUGAACUUGG